AUGGAUGAGGAGUUUAAUGCGCUCCUCCAUAAUCACACUUGGCGACUGGUUUCGGCUUCGUCUGACAUGAAUAUUGUGGGGUGCAAGUGGGUGUACCAAACCAAGCGUAAGGCUGACGGUUCAGUUGAACGGUAUAAGGCGCGGUUGGUUGCCAAAGGCUGUAAUCAGGUUGCCGGGGAGGAUUUCUUUGAAACUUUCAGCCCGGUGGUCAAGCCAACUACACUGGACGUGCAUAACGCCUUUCUUAAUGGGCGCUUAGCUGAAUCUGUGCUUAUGAAGCAUCCUCUAGGCUAUGUUGAUCCAACUUUCCCAGACCAUGUGUAUCAUUUACAGCGAUCUCUUUAUGGUCUGAAGCAGGCCCCACGGGCUUGGUUUAGGCGCCUGCAUGAUUAUCUGCUCUCAGUCGAGUUUAAGUCGUCCAAAACCGACGUUUCUUUAUUUUAUUAUACUCUUGCAGGUGCACAUGUUUUCUUGCUUGUAUACGAUGAUGACAUCCUUUUGAUAGGUAGUGACCCGGCUUUGGUUGAUUCGCUUUUAAGGCAGCUUGCUACGGCCUUUAAGAUUCGUGAUCUGGGCUCCCUGAGUUUUCUUUUCGGGAUACAGCUGGUUCCUAUUGAUGAUGGUUUUGUGUUGUCCCAGCGCCGUUAUAUGUCUGAUAUUUUGACUCGGGCUGGUAUGGUGGAUUGUAAGCCACUUGCUACUCCUCUGUCAGUUGCUCGGUCGUCUGAGCUAUCUACUGAGCCUUUUGCGAAUCCCACACAGUAUCGUAGUCUGGCGGGUGCAUUGCAGUACUUGACCGUCACUCGAUCGAAUUUGUCAUAUGCUGUCAAUCAGCUCUGUCAGCAUAUGCAAUCUCCCAUGGUUUAUGACUGGGUUGUGUUGAAGCGUGUUCUUCGCUAUGUCAAGGGCACAUUGGAUUUUGGUUUGCGUCUUCGGCCUUCGCCUCACUCUACUUUGCAUGCGUACUCGGACUCGGAUUGGGCUGGGGAUCCGGCAGACCGGAAGUCUACCAGCGGAUUUGCUGUUUAUCUUGGCUGCAACUUAGUUUCUUGGGUAUGUCGCAAGCAGCGCAUGGUGGCUCGGUCGUCGACUGAGGCUGAGUAUAAGGGCUUAGUUGAUGUGGCUGCAGAAGUUACGUGGAUUGUGUCCUUAUUGGCUGAGAUUGGCUUACCAGUUUCUUCACCACCGACCCUCUGGUGUGACAACCUCAGGGCUACGUACAUGUGCGCCAAUCCUGUUUUCCACGCGCGCACGAAGCAUGUGGAGGUCGAUUAG